AUGUACGCACUCGAUGUGCCGGAAGACGGUAAUGUCACUUCGGCUCUUUACGUAAAAAAAUUAAACUAUGGAAAACCGCCCAUUAAAAGAACGAUAGCUGCAGGGAUAAAAAGGAAAAGGGUACAAACUGAUGCUGGCGCCAGUACAUUUAAAAAAGAAAAGCAUGAAAAACUUUCCAUUGCUGGUUCAACGUAUCAACGUGAUGUUGCGGAUGACGACUACUUAAAUGAAGUAUCCGCAAUUCGAGGAUUUAGAGACUUUAAAGACUUGAAAGAUUCCUCAAAAAUACCAACAUUAAAUCCACUUUUAACUGCAAUUUCAACUAUUGCUGUGUCUUCAUCUGAAUGUGAAAGAUCAUUUAGUUCCAUGAACAACAUAAUAACUCCUAAAAGAAACGUACUAACUUCUGAACACAUAGCAUCAUUAGUGUUUAUUAGUUGUGUUGGACCACCUGUUCAAUUGUUUAAACCAGACCACUAUGUAAAAAGUUGGAUUAAAACGGGUAAAAGAAGUGCAGAAGAAACAAGAUGUCCAAAACGAGACGAACAUGACAUAGAUCAUUCAUAUAAACAUUUAUGGGCAUAUUUAAAUUUAUAA